GCGCAUGCGCACUUCACGGCUAUGUGUUGGAAGAAGAACAGGAAGCGAAUAUUUUCACACUCGGACUUUUGUCUCAUCCUGCCCGCUCGCCUCCGCCGCUCCGUUUUCUCCUCGAUUGAUUCACAGUCGAAGAGGAGAGCCUGCCACCGCGACAGACACACUUUGUGAAGAAGUGAUAUCUUCGGCGUCGUGGCUGCGGGUGCAAGGGCGUGUUUGACUCCGAAGAGCCGAAGAGAACCGACUGCCUCCGCCUCCUCCCUCUCGGAUGCUAGCUUGGUAGCCCCUUUGCAUGUCGCUGCGCCCCUAGUUAAAGUUGCGUCGUAGACUCGAGUCUUAUUCAGUGUAUUUAUUCGGAGGUCAGCGGAGAAGAAGAUGGGAUGUACUCUGAGCACGGACGACAAGGCGGCGCAGGAGCGGAGCAAGAUGAUCGACAGGAACCUGCGGGACGACGGAGAGAAGGCGGCUCGGGAGGUGAAGCUGCUGCUGCUCGGUGCUGGAGAGUCUGGGAAAAGCACGAUUGUUAAACAGAUGAAGAUCAUCCAUGAAGCCGGCUACUCCGAGGAGGAGUGUAAGCAGUACAAGGCUGUGGUCUACAGCAACACCAUCCAGUCCAUCAUCGCCAUCAUCAGAGCUAUGGGUCGCCUCAAGAUCGACUUCGCUGAUCCAGCCAGAGCGGAUGAUGCGCGGCAGCUGUUUGUCCUGGCGGGUUCAGCAGAAGAAGGCUUCAUGACAGGCGAACUUGCCGGGGUCAUCCAGCGGCUGUGGAAGGACGGAGGAGUUCAGGCCUGCUUCAGCCGCUCCCGGGAGUACCAGCUCAACGACUCUGCUGCAUACUACCUUAAUGACUUGGACAGGAUAUCCCACGGUUCUUAUGUACCAACCCAACAGGAUGUGUUGAGGACCAGAGUCAAAACUACUGGUAUUGUAGAAACCCACUUCACUUUCAAGGACCUGCACUUCAAAAUGUUUGAUGUAGGCGGACAGAGAUCAGAGAGGAAGAAGUGGAUCCAUUGUUUCGAGGGAGUCACCGCCAUCAUCUUCUGUGUGGCUCUGAGUGACUAUGACCUGGUGCUGGCUGAGGACGAAGAGAUGAACCGAAUGCACGAGAGCAUGAAGCUCUUCGACUCCAUCUGCAACAACAAGUGGUUCACAGACACCUCCAUCAUCCUCUUCCUCAACAAGAAAGAUCUGUUUGAGGAGAAGAUCAAAAAGAGUCCUCUCACAAUCUGCUACCCAGAAUAUGCAGGGUCCAACACUUACGAGGAGGCAGCCGCUUACAUCCAGUGCCAGUUUGAGGACCUGAACAAGAGAAAGGACACAAAGGAGAUCUACACACACUUCACCUGUGCCACUGACACCAAGAACGUGCAGUUUGUGUUUGAUGCCGUCACUGACGUCAUCAUCAAGAACAACCUGAAGGACUGUGGCCUUUUCUAAAGGCAGCCUGGUGGCCGACCCGACGAAGUGACUUUAUUCAAGGGGAGUCAGACUGGAGGGAUCUUUAGGGACCCUGCUGAGAAUGUCACUUUUAACCCCUUAUUAACUUAUGUUCAUCUCUAAAAGUUUCGAAGACGGUGUAGAAAAAAUGUUUUGUGUAAAAUAUUUGUACAACUGUCUAUGUCCGGGGAUUUUUCACGGUUUUUAAAAUGUGCUUGUUUUACCUUAUUAUCAUUAUUUUUAAUUUUUAUAUAAAAAGGGGGGCCGUCACAUUUUUUUUGGUCCACAAAUGAACACUUUUUGUCUUCUUUUAUUUGUCGGCACCUGUGCCUUGCAUGCCUUAGUUGCCGUGUAUUUUUUUUGUCGUUGGCUUAGAUGUUAGGUUUUUGUAGACGUUGCCAUUCAACUCUUUGCAAGCCCCCGGAGUCCAUAUUAUCCUUUUUAUUUUGUGAUUAUUUUGUUGUUGUCUCAUUCUUCCCCCCCACCUUUUACAAACCAAGCAAGACCAAGUCACUCUGUAGACCAAUUCACUCUGACUCUGACAUACUGUGAGAAUGGGUGUGUGGAUUGCAUGUGUGCUGCGAGCGGGAGCUUUUUGAUUGAGGCCAAAAGCCUGUGUGACUGCGAAUGGUUGUGUGUUUCAGUGUGCACAAUAUAAAAACAAAGGGACUUUAUUCCUCUACUUGUCAUCCUCUUUCAAAGUUUUAUUUUUCUAAGCGACCAAAAAGAAGCUACUCUCUCUAAUUAAUGAGCGUACAUUGUUGGUGCGCUGCCACAAACUGAAACAUUCCUGAUUGAAACAUGAAGUAAAGAGAAGCUUUGAAAAGAGGAUGCCAAUGGCGGCCUUGUAGCAGACAGUAGGACCAUAUAUAGAUUUGUGUUCAGUGUAUAGACAGACAGGUGGCUGGGUACAAGUGCACUGUUAUUGAUUAUGAGCUGUAAUGGUUUCAAGUUACAUAUCCCCCCUAGACCCCCAGCCCUCUGUUUCCAUUGGAUGGGGACAUUAGUUGACUAAUAUACAUGAUUUUGCUAAUAAAAGAGGUGCUGUGGUGAAACCAUGGCAACUUACGCAACA